CCCUUUUGAUACGAUCUCUCUAUGAGACAAAACUUUAAUAUAAUUAUAUAUAUAUAUAAAAUGACUGGAGCCUUAAUUAUAUUAUAUACCACUAGACUAGACUAAAAGAAGUCAUUCGGCCUUGAAAUAUUCUAUUCUGAGCAUUUACCAGGCUUCAACUUCGGAUCUUGAGCCCUCUUUAGAAAUUAGAGAUCUACUAAGUUUAGCUGACAACGCACACACCCACCCAUCAGUCCCCCAAAUCAAAAUGUUGAGUGACAGUAAGGGCGAGGAGCUUCAGCAUCAGAAAGGCCUCCAAAUCAAGCAAGAUGACAAGUUCUUCAGCAGGCUCAUGUCUAAAGAAACUUCAAUGGCUAACUCUUCUUGCAGGGUCUACUAUGGCGGAGCUUCGGGUGCUGUUCCAUUCAUGUGGGAAUCACACCCUGGAACCCCAAAACAUCCUUCAUGUGACACUGCUAUUCCUCCUCUUACUCCACCUCCUUCAUAUUAUUCCUCAUUCAACUCCAAAUCCAAGCAGACAAAGGGCUUGAAAUCCACCCUUUUGAACUCUAUCUUUCCCAGGCUUAUCACUGCUAGGAAAUCCCAGGCUUCCCCUUCUUCUUCUUCUUCACGCUCUUCUACAUCAUCUUCAUCGUCUUUAUCACCAUGCUCGUCGUUGCAUGAUGCUGGUUCUUCACCAUUGCCUAAAUCUUCAAUUAAUCGAAAGCUAUUUCAUAGGCAGAUGAGCUAUUUUUCAUGUUCGAGGUCGCCAGUUCAUAGCUGCAUGGAUGAUGAUGAUCAUCAUCAUGAAAAUGAAGGGCUUGGAUCACCAACUUCGACAUUGUGUUUUGGGGUUAAACCAAGAAACCUGAAUGUGUUUAAAGGAUGUCAGUCAAUGAUAAACAUGAAGAAAGCAUUGCUCUCAAUGGUUAGCCAUGGUUCAGGUCAAGGUACUAGUAAUUAAUUUAAGCAUUGCCUUUGACUUUGAAUUAUGUUCUUAAUUUGUGGAUUUUCCCUUCUAUUUUUCUUCUUCUUUUGGUUUUGGUUUUGGUGUAUUUGUAGAGAGGUGCUAUUUAUUUCUACUCUUUGCCUCCACUGUUUCAGAUGUAUGAUUGUUGUGUUUGGGCUAUCAAAUUUUCAUCAUUGAACAGUUUGUUCAAACUCAUCAUCAUCCAAUGCUUGCCAUUGUGAUAUAUAUAAUAAGUAAACAUUUAUCA